GCUCCAAAACAUUCCCCUUGAUCAACAGUGACACUGCAUGAAAGCCAAGUUUGUCUUUAUGUUUUAGCCCAUGAUUCUGUCAUCCAUCAUCCACAGUCGUGCCCUUUCUCUUCUCCUUUUCUUGAAGAUGCAUCCAAAGCUAUGCCCGCAUUAUAGUGGCACCAACAUCCUGGCCCUCUUUCAUUUCAAAAGAGGGCAAAUGCUUGUCACUGCUAAUGAACCAGCUUCUACUUUAAUGGGGGCAACAAGGUUUUUGGUGUCGAGGGUUCCGUCAUCUGCACGCCAUCGUCUGAUAGCGAUGGAGGAAUUGUAAUGGAUGGAUGCAUGCAUGCAUGCAUUGCUCGGCAUCCAUCAAGCAGGAUGAGAUGCUGCUUGAACCGGACAAAGUGGUACUGCCGAGUCUUGGCACUCUAUAAAUUCACAUCAAUACCUUCCAUGCUUCCUUCCCCUUCAGUAGAACAUCCCACUGUGACCGAGAUCUUUCUUGGAUCUUCCAUUCUCUGGAAAAUUUGUGACCAUGUAUCCAGGUGAGAUUGCCAGCAUUAGAUACCUUUCACCUUCGUGUAUGCCUUCUUGCCAGUCUCAGUACCACAUGGCUGAGAACAGCAUCCCCUCCUCCUUCCACCUGAGCGAUCUCUUUGGAUGUUGCUCCCCGAACCAAGCUCAGAGCUCGCCUUUGAUGCAUGAAGUCGGCCUUCCGAACAACGGCAUCCCCUCCUUCCACCUGAGCGAUCUCUUUGGAUGUUGUUCCCCGAACCAAGCUCAGAGCUCGCCGUUGAUGCAUGAAGUCGGCCUUCCAAACAACAGCGUGGUCGAGGCGGAAGAGCAGCGACUGUGCUGGGCCGAGGAGCGGAGGAAGAGGAGGAUGAUAUCCAACAGAGAGUCCGCGCGGCGAUCGCGCAUGCGCAAGCUGAAGCAACUCAGCGAGCUGCGGUCGCAGGUUGCCCAUCUCCGGUCUGCAAACGGCCGGCUCCUCGAUGAUCUCAACCGUGCCAUGAGAGAGCGCGAUCAGGUCCUCCGUGAGAAUGCCCAGCUCAGAGACGAAGAAACAGAGCUCCAGAAGAAGCUGGAGAAGCUGCCACCUGAACAUAGUUGUGCUCCACAAAAUCCAGAAGAACUCGGCUCGGAUUACAGUUGAAUCCUCCUUUUUGUGUUCUUCCCUUUGGAACUCUCUCAUCUCUCUCAGCGUGAUUAAGCGGGUAGGCUGCAUGCACAAGUUUACCAUGCAAAUAAUUAAUGCUCUUGCAUCACGAAUUUAGUUGAUACGGAUGGAGGAGUUGUCCUGUUAUGAUAUCAGUAAUCAUUUCAAGAACAUUAACCAUGGCUACUAAGAAGAAGACCACCGAGUCGAAGAGGCAAAACAGCAACACCCAACUGCUUAUUGGAUAGCAGUCAGAUGUUACUGCUUGAAACAUUCGAUUCGGUGGAAGAGAACAGAAAAAGGGUUGUAGGCCACAGUGGCUGCACAUAUCAUAUUUGCCAUGCAACAGGAAUCUCUUGCAGGUGGUGGCAAUUAUUGGUGGUGAGCUUUCAAGAAAACCCUAAUGUUUCAGAUGUCUUUGCGCCAGAAGAUUGAAAGACUUGUCUCUAGCAAUCCGGACAAGGAUUUACUUUCAUGGCUGACAUGCCUUGAAUUGUAUACGGCUCUCCCAUUCCAUGUCCAUGAAAUCCUGUUUUCAUGUGCCUGUUUAAAGACAUUAUAGGGAUAAGAAAUUAGUUCAGUUCAAGGCAAACUAUGCAUCAGAAGCACCAAAAACCACAGCAAGAUUCACUUGAAUUCAAAUGUUGUCAUAGUCGAUGUUUGACAUUUCAGGACUUGGCUCUCUCAGAACUUGAGGCAUCUGGUAAAUUCUACCUGGAGCUGCUUAUCUUCCAAAAAACAUAGCCCUCUCCUCACAGAACUUGUGGAUUUCAAACUUUCUUUACACUGUUUGGAGAACCUUCAACUGAAGUUAGAUACUGAAUUAUUUCUAGUGCA